UGCUUUUUUUUCGGAAUUAAGAUGGUGCUUAUCCUUCUUGCGUUCCGCGGCCAAAGGGCCAUUCUGUACGAACAUCUCAUUUAUUAAGUCUUCCUCAAUAAAUCACGUUUGAUCUGAAGUGGCGGGAUAAGCAUUUUAGGCUUCUGAGGAGACAAGAGUUCAGUGAUAUAUUGUAUCAGCAGAACAGAUAAGGGAGAACCAGAACGUUGAAGUGCACAGGUCCAACACCACAAUCACCAUGAGCACAGAAAUUAUUAGACAUGACAUUAGUGCAAAGAGCAGACUGAGUUACCCAAGAGCGUGAGGUCACCAUUUCACAGACUGUUGUAAAUGGGAUGUCAUCCUCCAACAGCCAUGAUCAGGACCGAGUACUGGAGAAGGAAACCCUAAUCUGUUUGGUUGACUGGCUUCAAUAUCCUGUGUGCUUUUUAAACCUCCUGCUCCUGUCUGUAUCUCUCCCCACUAAAAAGGAAACCACAAGGCAUGCUCCAGAAAAAACAGAUCCUUCCAAAGUGUGCACGGGGAAGGGAGCUGUGACACUGCGUGUGUCCAGCGUUCACGCAGACCUCCAGAGCAGCAGCCCCCAGCCCUCUCAAAGUCCCGAGCCAACAGACACAGGAACAGAUGGUUGGAAGACACUGUCCAGUGUUGACACUAAUGGAGACAGCUCAGCCCAUUCGCUGGCUGCUAAGGGAUACCGGAGUGUCAGACCAAACCUUAUUGCAGACAGCAAGUCACAAUCAAAGAAAUCUCUCCCCUUGCCCCCUCCUCCAAAAGAGAAAAGCUUUGCAUGGCGGCCCACUACUAACCAGAAACUCUCCUACCUUUCAACGGUUCCCAUCACGGAUUGUUUGUACAUGAGUUACCCAAAACCAUACACGCCAACAGCACCAUCUAGUGGCAUCAGUGGGCUGUGCUUGUCACAAUACUCUGGUGUAAGCCCAGGUUCUUCAGCAGGGUGCACGCUAGCACCAGUGUCUGGUUCAGUCUCUAAAGGCACAGUGCAUGUUGGCCAGGAACAAUUCAGACCAGCUCAGUCUGCCACUGCAAGUGGCAGUGUGAGCCAACAAGCCAGUCCUGAGAAAAAGAUUAGCAGUCUCUAUGUAGCUUGUUUAUCUAACAACACUUGCGUGCCUGUCUCGUCUGUAAGUCUCCCACAAGAGGAACAAGGUGUUUUCUCAGAAGCUACCAUGCACCCAGCACCCCCAGGCACAGGCGGUAGCCCCCCCACAGGUGACACCCAAUCGCCCCCUCCUCCCAUCCCUCCCAGGCCGUUCUUAACUGAAGGUCUUGGGAGCUACUGCCAUGAAGGAGAUUCCAUCAGCAUCUGGCAACCAUUUCCAUCGGACCAGAGACGGGAUGCUAUCAUAGAUUACCAGAACACCAAAUCAGCAAGGCAGACAGGACCUUACUGGUCAGAUCAACGGCAACGGUCUGCACAAGCAGAGGGAUAUGGCAUGGACGAUACAGCUGGCUCUGCUCAGCCUGACAUCAUAGUGGUCCCACUGGCUGAGGUUGCUGUAGUUUCUUCAGCAACAGAGGGCGGACCGUGCACCCCCCCACCGUCUCUGCUACCCACUGGACCCGAUCCCGCGAGAGUGUCACUCACCCUCCCGACUCUCGAUGAUUUCAUACCCCCUCACCUGCAGAGGUCACCAGCUCACCACACACCCACCACCUCCAGUGGCUCUGCGUCCCCCAUUAGUCUGCUGCCACAACCAGCAUUGUCACCUGCACCGGGUCCCCUUCUUGUAGAAGCUCCUUUGAGUUUCCCUGAGACUUCAGCCACACUCCCUGGACUUUCUGCACCUACACCUGUGACCCCGGAAGCUUCAGCGCUCAGCUCCAACUCUGAUCCGCACUCACUUUACCCAUCAACAGGCAAGCCUUUCUCAGUCUACCCUUCCACAACAACAGUCAACCCCACUAUUGUGCUUUUGCAACACAACCGAGAACGUCAAAAGCGCCUUAAUAGCUUGGCAGAACCUGUGCCAGAGAGGCAGACAGAUCCCAAGACAGAAAGCACAGGUGUGUCUGAGAGGAUUGUGGAUUCCACUCAGAGUGAAAAGGCAGCAGAUAUGGACGAGAGGAGAACAAGAGUCAUGAGGGCUCAGUAUACUGGCAUCAGCCCUCUACACGAUGUAGGAAUUCCAAUGAGGAAUACAGACAAGUCCAAGGAUUGGUAUAAAACAAUGUUUAAACAGAUCCACAAAAUCAAAGAUUCUCCUGAGGAAAACCCUUACCACCCUACCUACAAAUUCCCUGAACCCACCGAAAAGCUGUACAAAAUAGAAGAGGAAAACCCUUAUUCUCCUACCUACCAGUUUCCUGUCUCCACACCUAGUCCUAAUUCUGAAGAUGAAGACUCAGAUUUGUACUCUCCCAGGCAUUCGUUCACUGAAGAGAUGAGAAGUCAGUCGUGUGUGCCUCGCUCGAAGAGUUCAGUGGGCAGUAUCGAUGCAGAGGCCCCAGUAAAGAAGUCCACCACACUGCCUCUGCCAACCCGCUCCUCUUCACUGAAACCAACCACAGAAAGAAAUGACUGGGAGCCCCCAGACAAGAAGGUUGACACCAGGAAAUACCGCGCUGAGCCCAAGAGCAUCUUCGAAUAUGAGCCGGGGAGGUCAUCAGUACUGAACCAGGAGAAAGCGACUCGGGAUAUAAGCCCUGAAGAAAUAGAUUUAGAGAGUGAACCGUGGUAUAAAUUCUUUUCAGAGAUGGAGUUUGGAAAACCGCCUCCAAAAAAGAUCUGGGAUUAUACUCCAGGGGACUGCUCUAUCCUCUCUCUAGAGGAUAGAAAGGACCAGCUAGAAAAAGAUCUCUACCUGUACCAGGCUGAGUUAGAGGCAGAUUUAGAAAACAUGGAGAAGCUUUAUAAAGCACAAGAUAAAAGACUGUGGAAGAGUGCACCAUUCAGCCCUCUGGAAACCCCAGCAGAGCCUCAUCAAUACUCAAUGUAUACCCCUGACUACCAUGCUGUAAGAAGAGAGAUAGACCCAAUGUUUGGCGAUCAGGGGAUCUCUGAGAGCGAGAGGUUCAUUUACAAGAGCGUCCAGGAGGGCGGCGACAUUCCGCUGCAGGGGCUAAGCAGUCUGAACAAGCGUCCAUCCAGCUCCUGCUCCACGAAAGUGGACCAUAAAGGUGGGAAUGCUUACAUCAUUUCACCUUCUUCUUCUGUAAAUAGCAGAACAGUUAGUAUUGUGCUAGGUAAUAAAUGUAAGCAUAAGAAGCCAUUAUCAGCCGCUAAAGCCUGCAUUUCCGAAAUCCUCCCCUCCAAAUUCAAGCCCAAAAUGGUGUCUCCCUGCACUGGGUUGCAGGUGAGGGAAGCCUCUGCAGUGCAUCACUCCAAAGCCCAGAGCUGCGAGGACCUGCAUGAUGGCACCACCUAUUUCAGCAGCCGGAGGGGGCUGGUGAGCGAGGUGGGGCAAAGUGUGGAGUCACUGCUCCACAAGGAGAGGGCUGAGCUGGCGAGGAGGACUGGGAGCAGCGCCAGUCUGCAGGAGUACGGCUCACAUUCCCGCAGCGGCUCAGCUCCUCUGCGGAGCAAUGCUGCAGAGUUUAGCACCAUGUACAGAAACAUGCAUCAUGUCAAUCGCACAGGGAUCCAGGGUGGUCCAAACAGAAGCAGCAGUGUGAGGAACAUCACCUCCCAGUUUGAGGACAAGGAGCGAUGCGAGCUUGGAGGCGUGGAGGAACCGGAGCAGAUGCCCCGGCACGCCGUGUCCUCCAGGGUGACUGAAUUUGAGCAGAUCAUUCAGAGAUCGCUAUCCAUGCCCACAUUGGAUAGCACCAGAUCAAACCACAGCAAGAGCCCAAGCCCUACCCAUUGCCUGCCCCACAUGGCAUCGGCUUUCUCUGCCGAAUCCCUCCGGGAGCCCCAAAAGAGAAGCAAAGAGGAGCCGGAAAUCAAGAUCAUGGUGAAAAGCACUCCCUUGUCUGCGAGCGAUGCUGAAGACCAAGCUUCUGAGUUUAGUGAUGCUGUGCAGCCUGACUCCCUCUCAGCCUGUACAGAGCCUGAGCUGGACUGCCUCUCCAACACCUCAGCUGACAGCUCCACCAGCAGUGUCCAUCUACCCCACAGACACCAAAGGAACCAGUGCAAGGGAGCCUGCCCUGCCUCCUACACUAGAUUUACAACCAUCCGCCACCACGAACAGCAAGCCAAGGCACAGGCUAAAACAGGCUGUCAAGACAAUAGGAACACUUUGCCUAGAAACCUCUAUCUCAUGGGCCCUAUGCCCUUCCGAUUGAAAAAGCCUUUCCAGCAGGAGCACAAAAAGACACACUCUCCAUCUCCUGUUGUCUUAUCAGCAGCCCGGGACUCGUCGAGCCCAAACAGUACCAAGGAGCCUAGAGGAAGUGUGCUAGAUAACAGCUUCCUGCAGUGCUUGUUUGCAGAGGAGAAGCCCCUCAUUCCUCAAAGGCAGUCCUCCCUGGAAGCCGUGGAAAGACUGAGCAGUCAGACAGCAGGGGAGACGCAGAACAAAGGCUCGAACUCCCCCCUUCGUGAGCACUACGGCUGCAUUGCAAACGGAAACAAUGUCCCCUUCGCCGCAGCCUAUGACAGCCUGGAUGGCAACAACAAUCCGCAGCCCGAGAUGGGGGUGUACCUCAGAGUAGAUUCCGAUUCGCCACGGCAUUUUGCCCCAGAACGCUCGGAUACACCGGAGGAUGUUGUCCGUAGACGCUACGAUGACAAAGAGAAACUUUUAGAGGAGCAGAGACGUCUUAAACGAGAGCAAGAGGAAGCUGAUAUUGCAUCUAGAAGGCACAAUGGACUCUUUCUAACACAUCACCAGUUUAUCAGUAACGAUCGAUUUGGGGACCUCCUUAACGUUGAUGAUGCAGUUAAGAGGAAUUCUGGGUCUGAGGUCUGUUCCAGUUACCUCAAUCAGCUGCUUGACCCAAAGCAAGAUUUGCCUCUCACAUUAUGUAAUGCUUAUUUAAAAAAUGAACCGUCGACUGGGGAAACAAUGUGUAUGGUGCCAGCAAGAGCUAAAUUUGACUUCAAAGCACAAACACUGAAGGAACUGCCUUUCCAAAAGGGGGACAUCGUCUACAUCUGCCGACAGAUCGAUCAGAACUGGUACGAAGGGGAACACCAUGGAACAGUCGGGAUCUUUCCCAGAACAUACGUGGAGCUGCUUCCUCCCACUGAGAAAGCGCAGCCGAAGAAGGUGCCCCCGGUGCAGGUGCUGGAGUACGGAGAGGCCCUGGCCAGGUUCAACUUCACUGGAGACACAGUGGUGGAGAUGUCCUUCAGAAAGGGGGAGAGGAUUACACUAAUCCGCAGGGUAGAUGAGAACUGGUAUGAGGGCAAGAUCUCGGGCACCAGCCGCCAGGGCAUCUUCCCAGUCACCUAUAUCGAUGUCCUGAAGCGGCCUCGCGUCAAGAACGCUGUGGAGUACCCAGACCCUCCUGCGAGCCACUCUCCAGACCGCAGCUCCACGGCCUCACCACAGUCUGUCCACUACAGGCACCACACCCCGACCCCCCCUCCUCCGCCCAUGCGCAGGGCAAUCUCCCCCGAAGUGCAGGCCAUCACCUCAGAGUGGCUGGUCCUGACCAUGGGGGUGUCUCGCAGCAGUACCCCGGCAGUCACCCCCCCUCUCCCGCCGCUGCCUGAGGGCUUCUACUCCUGUGGGGACUAUCUAUCUCCAUCCGCCGCAGCCAGCCCAACCCCCUCGGUCAGCCUCCCUCAUUACAGCCUCUCCGGCAGCUCCACCCCACGCUCAGUCACCUCCCCCCUGCCAAUCUAUCCACCUCGCCCCCACUCCAUCGCCCCCUGCGUCACCUUCACCCCUCCUCAGGGAGAGGAACGGCUGCUGUGCUCCCCCUCGCCCACCUUCCCUGAAUUCCCUCCCUCCACGCCACCGCCCAUCCUGCACAGCCCCCUGGCUCUCUCCCCUGACCUCCAAAGAAGGAGCCCGGCCAGGGCCCUGAGCCCCGAAGAGCGGCUGCUCUCUAGAGAGCAGGACGAUAGCCGGCUGUGUCAGGAGCUUCUCAGUAUUGGGCAGGGUACAGAAGGAGGCACUGAUAACAGAGAGUGGCAGUGUAGCCAAGAAAAGAGUUCAGACCUUAGUAGAACAGCCCAUAGCCCUGCUCUUCCAUCUGCCCCUGUCUCCUCCCCAUCUCUCUCCCCCCCUCCUGCUGUCCUGGUCAGGCCUGUGCCCCCACUCAGAGCCCUGGGCACUGGGACCCAGCUCUUGAAGAGUGAAUUUGGAUACCAAGGAAUGACUUCAAGACAUCCUAUGUUGCCUUCUGACAUCCCAGCUAACAUGAAUGCCAACUCCUUUGCGGAAGCUGUCUGCAAUGAGAUCAUUAACAUUGCAGAAAAGUCUGUCCAUUACUGCAGUGCUCUGUCCCAUCCCCUUGACUCUCGGCACAAGCUGCCCUCUAAUCACAGUAAACGAUCUUUCAUCAUUUCCCAGCAACCGCAGGUUCAUCAGCAAGGAAGCGCCCCUGAGAGGAGUCAGCCCAGCAGUGACGUCUUCCAAGCCCUGUACAGCUACGUGCCACAGAACGAGGAUGAGCUGGAGCUCCGGGAAGGGGAUGUUGUCAACGUGAUGGAGAAGUGUGACGAUGGCUGGUUUGUGGGUACUUCCAGGAGAACGAAACAGUUUGGCACCUUCCCUGGCAAUUACGUCAAGCGCCUUCACCUGUAAACGUUGCAUCCAAAGGGACUCUAUUUAAAACAGCAUCCCUGACAGAGGAUUGAACAAAACCUGUUGUUAACACAUCUAUCAUUUAAAAAAAAAAAAAAAUCACGCCUUUCUUUACUGUUGUAUUGGAGGAAUGGUGAGUGUUACUAGGUAAGAGAAAAUGUGCGAGGUAUGUGAAAGUAUGGUAAGAGGUUCUUUGAAAAAAGUGCAGCCAUUGUCUCAAUGUCAGCUACGAAUCAGAAAACAAGACUGCAUACAGAGAGAGAGAGAGAGAGAGAGAGAGAGAGAGAGAGAGAUUCUGCAGACUGUUUGAUGCACACAGUCACAAGUCUAUUGACACCUGCUUCACUGUGUGCUGUCCACCUUUCUGUAGGACAAUGUAGAAGAAAGUAGGUGAGGUGAUGCCAGUAGGAUUUAAGUAUGUGCGUUUUAAGAUGGAAUCUGUGGUGCUGAUUUAGAUUUAAUCAGGAGUGCUUUCACAACUGGAGGCUGGCUGCCAAACUGCUCCACCUCCUAAAUGAAGCUGGUCUGUCGUACAAUAUCAGGCAGACCCUGCACAUCUUUCCUGGUUAAAACUAAAAGUUUGAAUUGUUUUUUGAAAUGGAAUGAUAGAAAGUCCAGCAUUGCAAGAAAGGUUUGCCACAUAAUCACCAGCUGCAAACAUGGUUUUAACAGUGCUCCUCUCCCCACCUAAUCCUCAUCCGGACCCCCUAACCAAUGCCUUUCAUUAUAACUUCAACUGCAACAACAAUCCUAUAGGAUAAGGUUUAGACUGCUAUUUUUUUCAUAAGGGAUUAAUAAAAUUAAUACAAAAUAUUAAAAAGCCUAUUUUUAUGCUGAUGCUUUUUUUUUUUUAGAGAGAAUUUAUUUAACAGGAAUUUGUUAAUCUAUUAACAAACUAUAUAAGCAUGUCCUGCUGCAACACAGUUUGUAGCAUGAUCCGUGCAACUGGUGGCACAGCCCCGGUUAGUGAGAUGAAAAACAUGUUUGACUAAAGUAUAGUGUAAAUAUGUAUAUUUAGAUUUUUGUACAGAAUGUGUACUUAUCCUGUAUAGAAAAUUAUUUAAUAGAGGGAUUUAAAUGACAGAAAAAAAGUUGAAGGCGGUUUAAAUUUAAAUUUCCAGUGUAUUUACGAAGGAUUUAGUAAAGCACACAACACAAUAAACCACAAAAAAACCACAUGCAUUAAAUAACUAAUAGGACUCUACCACCAUGUGGGGAUCCCAGGUCCUCAGUUCAUGUCUGGUUUACUGAAUGUUGUACCAUUUUUGGUUUGCCUUUUGUUCUGUGUAAUUUAAGAAAUACCCCUAAAAUGGUAUAACUCACCCCAUAGCAGUGUAUUACAAAAAACUUUAAUAUACCUAAUAAUGAAGUUUACAGUAUGCUGACUGUGUAUAAUCAGUGCUUCUAAUACAUUUGUAUUUACCAUUUCUGUGUGCUGCAAUUCAUUAUAAACACAUCUUGCAGCAUGUUGUGUUUUAAACAUUUAAUUUUUAUUGCAGUGCUUUAUGAUUUGACAACAUUAAUUAAAAAAGAGCAUCUAUUUACUGCUGUAGGUGCUAAAUGCAGUAUUAUGCAAUAUUUAAUAAACUUUGUUCAACCCUGUC